GGGGGAGUGGUGGCCUUUGCAGGGUGGAGGGAGGCCUGGGCCCCAAGUGAUUCUGGGAAAAGGGCCCGCUCUGGUGGUGCCGAGCCCAUCUCCAGGGAGCUAAUAAAGGUGGCGUAAAUAAAGGGUGGGACGUAGGCGGGGGUGGGGCGCACAGUUGCUAACAGUGCGCGCGCGCAUCAUGGGGCUGCCACAAUGGUUUGGCUCCCGCUCAGGGCCCAGCGCCAGUACCCCACUCGCCUGGGUCGCUGCGCCCCGGAGCCUCCGCAGGUCAUGUCCCGGCUGCGCAUAUUGGCCCCACUGCUUGUCCUUAUGUGGCAACCGUUGUGGCUGCUGGUCCAGGCAGCUCAGCCUCCGGAGUGGGCCCUGGACCCUGCCCAGCUGACCGCCGACCCCAGAGCGGCUGAGCCCUGGUCUUCGCGCUCGUCUGAUCCCCCACCCGAAUCGCCCCAGGUACUUACACCCCCAGCUGAGCCGGUGGGCUUUAAUUACCUGGGGUCCUCUGCUCCAGCCCAGAUGUUGGCCCCGCCUAAGGAGUUGACUGAGACUUUGGUUCCAUUCCUGGACACGGAUUCCGUUGGAGAACUACCCCCAGGGCCAGAUGAGGAUCUGAAUGACCAGCUAACCCAGCAUCAAAGGCUCCCAGAGGUGGUUCCAAUGCCAGGUUAGGAUCCGAAUCAGACCAUAGCUCCGCCGCCUCAACUCAAAAGUAAGACUAAAACUGUAGGUUUAGAUCAGGCCGAAGAUCACCAAUCAUUUGAAAUACUUGUUCCAUUUCUGGAUAGUUCAAAGCCAACAAAGUUUAUUGUUUCACCCCUAAACCUGAAGAAAGAUCUAGCUCAGCAUCGAAGGCUUGCCAAAGUUGUUGGAACUCCAAACCAAUCUGCAAAUAAAGAGCACCUACAACAACAGCUGCAGGAUGAUUAUUUAGAUUCCAAUAUGGGUCUCGUAUAUCCUGAGGAGAACCUACCUAUGGGUUUCCCAGGGGGACCAGAUCAACUUGCAAACUUCUCUGAGGAGGCUGAAAUUCCUCCACCCUUGCAGAAGACCCCAAAUCAUCUAGAGUCCCCUGAGGAAGCUGAAUCUUUUUUGCCCCAAGGGGAGGCUCAGGCUCAGCAUCCAGAGCCCCCUGAAGAGACAGAAACAUCUCUACUUGAGCAGGAGGCUCCAUCUCCGCGUCCAGAGUCCCUUAAGGAUGGAAAUUCAGCAAACCCACAAGAGGCCCCAGCUGAGCCUUCAAGUACCCCUGAAGAGGUCGAACCUUCUUCAGUCCAGCAGGAAGCCUCAGCUCAACCUACAGAGGCCCCCGAGGAAGUGGAACCUUCUCCAACCCCCCAGGAGGCCCCUGCUCAGCCUCCAGAGCCAUCUAAGGAUAUCAUAUCUCAACUGUUAGCACAUUAUGAAGUAAAUGUGCUAUCUCCAAGUCAGAGUGAAGCUCAGAAGCCAAGCUUCCCCAAUGUCGCUGUUAAACCUCUGGAUCUUACCAUAACUCUAACUCAGCCUGCGGAGCACCCUGAGGAGGCUGGACCUACCCCAGUCCAGCAGGAGGCCCCUGCUCAGCCUGCAGAGCGCCUCGAGGAGGUUGAACCUACCCCAGUCCAGCAGGAGGCCCCAACUCUAGUUCCAGAGUUCCCUAUCGA